UAAAUGGGUAAAAAUAGAGAGCCAGAAACGUUAUUGCUUAUCUUUCUGUUUGUUUUCUUCCUAGUUCCCAAACAAACCAAGGAACAACUCGAAAGUUUAACGACAGCAUCUACAUUAAAUUUUUAUUACGAAGACGAUAUGCUUUAGUUUUCUUCUUCUUGAAAAUGUUUGCCUUAGAAACAAAAACUUCUAAACUUCUUGGUUGGAAUUAUAAGUACCUAUGUACUUUUUAUGGCAUUCUCAAUGUUUGUGAAAUAGUGAUUUGUUACGCAUGCUUGGAUUUGAUUCGUAACUCUUGCCGACCAGCAUAUUCACAUUCCACUGGAGGAUUUGUUGGAAGUGCAGCUGAAACUUAUUUUUAUCUUGCUACAUGUGCUUGCAUGGUUAUAACUUGUAUUUUUUUAUGUUCAUUCAUUGUGUCUCAUAUAUCAUUUCUCUUGAUGGAAAGAACAAUUCUAGGAAUCAUGUUUUGGCUUACUGCCACCCUCUUGUCUUUUGUAACAAGUCUCGCCUUAAUUAUAUUUAUAAAUGAAUCAAAGAAUGUUGAAAUAUAUGGCUAUUCUCACAAAGCAGCUGCCUCUAUUUUAGGUCUUAUAAAUUCUGCUCUCUACUUAAUAAACACAGUCAAGUCCUACAGAGCUUGCAAGCUGAGUUGGUCUUAUCAGUGAUUCUCUGUGAUGCACCAUUUUGACAUACUUUUUCUAGUCUUUUAGCAUUUAAACAAGUUCUACACAAUAUAUGAUAACUAUUUAUGGUAUUUAAAUAUUUUAGACUAUAUUUUAACUAUUUAGUUCAAUUCAAACACUGCUAGGGUUGUAGUUUUCCUUCCUAAUAAAUAAAAUCUUUUUUUUUUUCUCUUUUUAAAUUAAAAUUUGUGUCAAAGUUGCUAUACAAUUUGUUUUCUGUUUCAAAGAUUUCUUUAUCAUUGCAAUCUCAACUAAGAUUUAAAGCACACAUUUAUAUGCAGUGAAACCUCCUAUUAUGAGCUCUCCUGCGAAAUGGGCUUUCUCAAUACGGACUUAUUUUUAAUUCCCCCAUGAAUAUUGUAUGAAUAAACCAUUAUGUACAUACUCAGCAAAGCAGACACUCCCGUAACCGGGUGUUAACAGUCAUUUUUGUCCUGAAACGUUAUUUUCUAUCUCUUCAAACCUGACACUAAUUUUUCCAAAUUUGAAAAAGAAAAAAAACUGUUUCUGUUUUAAAUUGCAAGAAGAAGAAAAAAUUCAACUUUUUGUCGUUUUUAAAGCAUGUAAAUUUUUUGCCUUAUCCAUAACUAAAAAUAUUGUUAAGCUAUUUCACUACUAAAUAAUCAUUCUUUCACUUGCCUUAUCUUUGCAAAGAAAGGAGAGAAAAUUAUAUUUACUCUUGUGAAAAAAUUCGGACUGUAGCAUCUUUUGACUUUUUCAUCCGGAUGAUACCGUUUAUGAGAUCCCUCAUUUUGAAAUGAAGUCUUAAAUGUUCUAAAAGCUUCUUUCCCACUAAAAAUUUCUUUCAUUUUUCUUAUCAAUAAUUGAAACUGGCUGAGGACUGAAAGCGCCUAUUCGCUAUCAUAUAACUAACUUGAAUACCUGUGUUAAUAGGAGAAUUAAAUUCAUUUAUCUGUAGCUGCAUCUAGAAUUAUGUAUUUAUAUCAAACUUUUUCAUGUAUUUUUUGUAUAGAAAAAUAUAUUUAUAAUUUUCUAUAUAUGAGUUUACAUAAAUGUCCUUGUAGAUAGUUAUUGUAGUUUAUUUAAUUAUUACUAUAUCCUUAAAAAAAAUUUUUUUUUAAUUUACGGUGUUAAACUUUGUUAUUAGGGUACCCGUCCCAUAAACAAACAACUUUCAUAAACAGUCAAUUUUUCGGUCCCAAGAAUGUCUGCUUGACCGUGGUUUCACUGUAUAUUGGAAAAAUUGUAUCCCAUAUUUCUAUUGUAAGUGAUUAAUUAAAUUUAAUGAAAAUUGACGUAAAGAUCUUUAAAUACCAUUUAACAUUUUUAUUUUAAAAGGGUUGUUCUUUAUCAGGAUAAAACUACAACUCCUAAAAAUUAUUGAAGUGAAUAAAAGUAAAAAAAUUUUAUAACAUUGAAGCUUUAAGAUUAUUGAAAAACUUUUUUUCUGACAAAAAACUUGACUCUGCCUUUUACAGAAGAAAUAGGUGUGAAAUUUUUUUUAAAUUUAUUAUUUAUACUAGUUAAAUUUUUAAAAUUUACAAUUUAAAAAAGUGUUUAAAAGUAUAAUUUUUAAUUAAUGUAUAAUUUGUAUGUGAUAUAUUUUUUGAAACAGUAUUGUUUUUAUAAAAAAGGAAUAUAUUAUUUAUUUUUGUAUAAGAUCAUUUCUAAAGUAUUUUUUAUGAAUUUAAAUGUAGUUUGAACAAUAAUUUGUUUUAUUGAAUGUCAUAUAAAAUUCCUUUUUAA